AUGACUCCGCCGCAAAUGACACUCAACUUCAAUCCUACGAAACCACGAUUGCGAAUCACACUCAACUUCAACCCUGCGGAACCAAGAUCACAACCACCACUCUUAAGGAUGCCCCUCACUCCACGCCAAGAACACCACACGGAAGAUGGAGGUCAUCAGGACGGUUAUUGGCAGGGCCCCAGUUGGGUGUUCCCUCUCGGUAUCGUGCUUCCUGUCGUAGUCAUCGGGAUUGUAAUUACGAUUCUGGACUGCAAAUAUGGAUGCUUUUUCUCUAAAACGCGUGCAACGAGCGCCUCGCGUGUCCAUCCUUUUCGAGGGCUCGUCCAGGCUUCGAAUGUGAACAGUUCGACUGCCAUAACUCCAAAUGGCUCUCUUGCAUCUUCUGAUUCUACCCCUCCACCUACCUAUUCACCGCCGCUCACCUCGUCCGGAACACACGGCCGCCUCUCCAUCCCUCUUCAAGUCUACGUUUCACGUACGCGGAAACCUGCUGCGCUAUAUCAGGGAGACGCUGCACCCAUCACCCGUGGCUCUGUUCAAUCUGGGCACUCAGGUCAAGCCCGGUCGGCCCUUCAUCACCAAGAUUCCGCGGAUUCGCUCCCCCGUUACGAGGAGGCUCCUUCUUAUACGUCAUUUGGUGCUACUGAUCUAAACUAG